AUUAAAGUAGGAAUGAAACCACACCACAAACAUUUACUGAAGUAGACUUCCUAUGUAUAUGCAGCCACAUGAAGCGGUUGGCAAUCCACCACCUGUCCCACACGCCGCCCAAAUCCGCCGUUGCCGCCGACGUGCGCCCUCCCACCUUGAUAGAUUCUGCAAGUUUGAGCCGGAGACCCUUUUUUCCUGUCUGCCCACAAUCUCGUUCCCUUUAUCUUCACGCCUUUAGAAUCAGAUACAGUACCAAAUUUAUCAAGAUUUCGUCCUCGUACCAACAUCAGAUGGCGACGGGAACCCCCGGAGAGAGCGCGACGCCGUCUUCUCCGGCGGUGGUAAAACUUAAGCCUAUUGAAGCAACCCCGGAGAGCUUCCAAGAAUUCGGACAAGUGGUGGAGGCUUCACCGGACGGCGAUGAGUUCGGGCCACGCGACGCGCAGCUCGACCUCUCCCAUGGCAUUCCGAGGUUUUAUAUCAUGCAUCUUGAAGACCGGCCUCUCAAGUUCUCCACAAUCACACACCACGCCAGCGUGACCCAGUGCCUUGGUUCGAUUGGUGGUCACGUCUGGUAUCUUGGUGUUGCAAAACCAUCUAUUCUCGAUCCAAUUGAAAUUAAGGGCACCGUUGGAGCUGAUGUCGUGCAAUCACACUGCGGCCAUUUCUACCUCCCUCCAGCGAUUGAUGAUGUGCGUGUCUUCAGAAUUUCAGGUCCCAAGUUUCUGAAGCUCAAUCGCGGUACAUGGCAUGCUGGGCCAUUGUUUCUUGAGAAAACGAUGGAUUUCUAUAAUCUGGAACUCAGCAACACAAAUGUGGUGGAUCAUACAACUCACAAUUUUGUCAAUAAGAAUAAAGUUGUUUUUUCCAUUGGCGAGUAGCGAUUUUGUUUCAAAGAGGAGUGUGAUGCUAAAGGUUGGUUCUAUGCUUUGUAUUAUGUUAUGUCAUUCUUGUCCAGUGAAUGUUCAGGUACAAAUGUUUCUUGUUAUGAGAAAACAGCUCUAGACUGUUGGGGAAAUGCUACAAUGCUUGUCACC